AACUUUUAGCCAACAUAUCUCGCGAGAUUCUGACUUGAACUUGUUAUUAGGUGCGCGCAGCGCUCGUCUCCAAUCAGUGCCGGACGCAGCUCCGAUGUGCGUCUGUGGACAGAUGGGACCCAAUCUAUGAGCGGAAAUCUGGAUCCACUACUCCAUCUGACAUAUGGGACUCUUCUUUCUCAGCAUGUGGGCUCUUCGGAACCGAGUGCGAACGGUUCGUGCGUGGAGACGAGACUUUUCCACAGUUUCAACUAUAUUUUGCUGCAGAGGGGCUUCGAUGACACUGAUCAUUCAAAGAAGUGUGAGAUUGCAUCAACAUAGUUCUGCACAGUUACUUCGUUCAAACAGGCCUCCAAAAGGUUUUGAAAGCGUUUUCCCAAAGAGAAAGGAUGGAACUGGCAACACAACAUCGGCAAGAGAUAAAAGAAAUACGGAGCAAGACUCACUUGGAAGCAAAAGACAGGAAGGAAACGGUGGCAGGGGUGAAAGAGAAGGAGGUAAAAAGAAGGAAUCCCGGUGGUGGACAAGAUUUAAGAAAGAUUUCCCCUUAGAUGAAGGGACUGUGCAGAACGUUGCACUUGGUGCGGCAGGCAUGAUCACAGCCUUUUUAUACUUCCACUUCAGGGAAACGGGAGUCCAGAUCUCCUGGAAGGAUUUUGUGCAUCGGUUCUUGAGCAAAGGCUUGGUUGGUCAUGUAGAGGUGGUCAACAAAGAGUAUGUCAAAGUGUUUCCCGCCGAGGGGGUGGACUCAUCAGAAGUGAACUAUUUGUGGUUUAACAUUGGCAGCGUGGCCUCGUUUGAACGUAAGCUGGAGAUGGUUCAGGAGGAAAUGGGUCUGGACUCCACAGAGAAAGUACCUGUACUCUACACCAGUGAAAGCGAUGGGACGAUAGCUUUAAGUGUUCUCCCUACUUUACUCCUGGUUGGCUUCUUACUUUUUGCAACACGGCAGGGGCCCAUGGCAGGAGCCCACGGCGGUUUCACAGGAAGUCCAUUCAGCAUGAAUGCAUCUAAAGCCAAGAUAGCUAAAGACACUGGAAGUGUUCGUUUUAAGGAUGUGGCUGGCUGCGAAGAGGCCAAACUGGAGAUCUUGGAGUUUGUCAAUUUUCUGAAGAACCCAGAUCAGUACCAUGACUUAGGAGCCAAGAUCCCGAAGGGGGCGCUGUUAUCAGGAUCCCCUGGAACUGGAAAAACUUUGCUGGCAAAGGCCACUGCAGGAGAGGCCAACGUCCCCUUCAUCACGGUCAACGGCUCUGAGUUUCAGGAGGUUUUCGUUGGGGUGGGCCCCGCAAGAAUAAGAGAUGUGUUUGCCAUGGCUCGCAAGGUGGCCCCCUGCAUAGUCUUCAUCGACGAGAUCGAUGCCGUCGGCCGGAGGAGAGGCGGCGGGAGCUUCGGCUGGCAGAGCGAGCAGGACAACACUCUGAACCAGUUGCUUGUGGAAAUGGAUGGAUUCAACAGCAGCACUAACAUCGUUGUGUUAGCCGGCACCAAUCGAGCCGACGUCCUGGACCCGGCUCUGAUGAGACCGGGACGCUUCGAUCGACAUAUACAUUUGGACCUGCCAGAUAUAAGAGGCAGAGCAUCCAUCUUUAAAGUGCAUCUGAGGCCUUUGAAGUUGGAGCCCGGUUUGAAUUUAGACGAUCUGUCCAGGAAAUUGGCCGCUCGGACCCCGGGUUUCACCGGGGCUGAAAUUGCCAGCGUUUGUAAUGAAGCUGCACUGAGAGCUGCACGUCACCUCAGCCAGUUCAUCAGCGCUCAGCACUUUGAGCAGGCUGUUGAGAGGGUCAUUGGAGGUCUGAAGAAAAACACUCAGCCACUGCAGCUUCUAGAAAAGACGACUGUGGCGUAUCACAAGGCUGGUCAUGCCGUAGCAGGGUGGUUCCUCGAGCAUGCAGAACCUCUGUUUAAGGUGUCCAUUGGUCAUGGAGGGAGAGGUCUGGGUUAUGCCCAGUAUCUGUCUGAAGAGGUGCACCUGCUGAGCCAGGACCAGCUGUUUGACAGGAUGUGCAUGAUGUUAGGAGGUCGAGUGGCUGAACACGUCUUUUUUCGUCAAAUAACCACCGGGGGCCAGGAAGACCUAAGGAAAGUCACACAGACUGCGUACGAGCAGGUUGUACAGUUUGGAAUGAACAAGGCGGUGGGCCAGGUUUCCUUUGACCUCCAUCUUCAGCAAAACGCAGUCACAGAGAAGCCCUACGGCGAAUUUUCAGCGCAGCUCAUAGAUCAGGAGGUCCGCUCCCUCGUAGACGUCGCCUUCCAGCGAACACUCCAGCUUGUGGUCGAAAAAAAGGAGAUGGUGGAAAAGGUGGCAAAACGUCUUCUCGAAAAAGAGAUGCUGGACAGAGCCGACAUGGUCGAGCUUCUAGGACCUCGACCCUUUCAGGAGAACAGCUCAUAUGAGGAGUUUAGUGAAGCGUUAGACUCAGAAGAGGAAACCUCACCGCCCGAAGGACUAAAGGACAGACAGAGAAGUCAAAAAGGACCAAUAACUGAGCUGUCUUUGGUACCCCAACAAGGCAGGAUGUCUUCCACAACACUGGGAACCCUUUCUGGUUCUCUAACAGACCCUCGGAGGCCCUCAUAAAAUAGCUGGUGUUUUAUUGAGGUGAAAUUACACACUUUUGGUCUAAAUUUAGUAGUUAUAACCAAUAUAAUCCACUGGAUAGCAUUAAGAGUUACCAGUGAAUACAAAUGCAUGCCACACUUUUCAGAAGCCAUAAAUUGUUUUUCCUUCCACUUUAAA